UUCACACUCCAGGUAUCAUCAGGCUCUUAUUGCACCUUGUCACCCCUCCUUAGUUUUGCAUGUGGCUGCAGUCCAGACUACAGAGUGCUAUCGGUCGACACAGGUGGUGGCUCCACUCAUUCAGCUUUGAUCAAGGAACCUGUUGCUGUCAGGCUAUUUUCCAACCAUCGAAGUAUGAGAGUAAGCAAUUACAGAUUUACAGUAUAAGUGCUUUAUGUGCUUGUGUAACAUAGUUGCUCAGAGUUGGUGGAAGUGGAAUAAAUGGACUAUGCACUGCGGGGGGAGGAUGAUGAAUGUGUCUGCAGAGCUCUGUUUGCUGGCAUGUUUACUUCUGACUGUAGGCUUGACUUUGGGUUUGGGGCCAAACCAAAACAUGGAAUUUACAUUUCUAUUACCUGCUGGCACCACAGAGUGUUUUUACCAAACCACCGCAAGGAAUGACAAUAUGGAAGUUGGAUACCAGGUGAUAGCUGGGUCAGGUCUGGAUGUUGGCUUUGCCCUCAUCUCACCCAGUGGACACAAGCUGGUCUCUGACUUCAGGAGAUCUGAUGGCAUUCACAUGGUGGAGCCCACAGAGGAUGGAGACUACCGGUUGUGUUUUGACAACAGCUUCAGUAAACUGUCAAAGAAGAUGGUGUUCUUUGAGGUGAUCAUUAAUAGUGAGAGCAGCGCAGGUAGAGUCCGAGAUGAGUGGGCGGACGUGGCCACGCCAGAGAGCAUGGUGGAGUAUAAACUGGAGGACAUCAGGGCGAGGAUGGACUCUGUGUACCGGCACCUGGAGAGGAGCCGUCAGGCUCAGACUGUGCUGCGGGCCUUUGAGGCGAGGGACCGCUACCUUCUGGAGGACAACCUGUGGCGGGUGUCCUUCUGGUCCUGCCUCAACCUCUUUGUCAUGCUCACCGUUGCUGUCACUCAAAUCUACACCCUGCGACGGCUCUUUGAUGACACCAAGCGGGUCUGCACAUAGUCACAACAAAACUGUUUCAUUAACCUCCAGCCAAGAGAGUGCAGAACCUGCAUGUGCUCACACUUGAAAGUUUGACCCCAAACCCUUAACUGACAUGUGCCUUGUGAGCUGAAUUAAAAUGCACUCACUACUCACUUUUUGAAAACUGAUUCAUCAUGCACUGAGAACUUUUUUUUAUUGCAGUCAAAAAGUGCUUGCUUUGAUGUUUUGUGAAAUUGUGAAUUCCAGUCACAUCAACUUCUGAAAAUCACAUUUACAGCAGCCUACUGUAAUAUGCACACACACCGAGACACCUGCUGUAUUUAUAAAUAAAUACACACACACACAAAAUACUUGCAGCACUGAUCUUUCUUAAUGUCAUUGGGGAAGCUAGAAAACCACAGCUGUUGUCACUGGAAUGUUGUUUUAUUGAAUUUCAGAUACCGCAUUUCACAUUUAUCAAACCAAUAGCCAAAACAAGCCUCAAGCGGUUUAAAAAAAAUCAUCUAAAAUCUUUACUGUGAUAAAAAGAUGUAUUCACACAGUCAUAAAAG